AGAUAACCUGAAAACAGAGUAAAGUUAUAGAAAGGCCUUUCAUAAGACAUAUUAAAGAUAUUUUAAGUGUAUUUCCUAUGACGUACAUUUCUAGGUCUCCAAUAAGCAUUGAGUAUGCAAUGUUGCAUUAAAUGAUUGUUAUUUAAAAAAAGUUUAUUAGAAAAAAUAUGAUUGUGUAAGAUAUCGUACACCUUUUUAACUCCAACAUGGUUUUAAUCAUAAAGUCAGUAGUACGCUCGUAUCGGUCUACUAUCCAUAUCAUUAGAUCGUACUGCGACAAUAAAUCAAUUUAUCAAAAAAAUGAAGAGGGUCCACAACCCCGAAUAAUUCACGGCCAAGUCUAUCCUGAUUGGAGGAAACCAUGGAUUGAGAGGCAAGGAGAAUGGAGAAGCAAAUUAUCAGUUUUUGUAGAAAAAAAUCCUAGUCCAGACGUUUUAUACGCUAUGUCACAAAUACCAAAUUUAAAUUUGAAAAUAAUCAGAGAAUGGUGGGCUCACAUGAGAAACAUUCAAGAAGUGGAAAAUCAGAAGUAUCUCCAUGAAAGAGUUGCUGCUUUGGGUUUCAAUUUGGCUGCAUUACAUUUCUUCACAUACAGACAUGCUGCUGUCAGAUUAAAAGAUUCAAGCGACUGGUUGAAAGGUGAUAUACUAUCUCUGAAACUACCAGAUCAUUAUACUGAGGGUUAUUAUGUUGAAGCUAUUGACUGCUCAAAUUUCCAUCGCGGUGGCAUUCGCUAUGAAGGCCUAGAAAAUCUAAAAGGUCUCAAUUUAUUGAAAUGGUUAUCUUUAAGAAAUAACAAACACGUUGAUGUUUGGUGCUUAGAUAGAGUAGCGGGAUUGUCAGGCCAAUCCUUGGAAUAUCUUGACAUUAGAGGUUGUAAAUUUUGCAUUGGAUGUAUUAAUGCAUUAGCAAGAAUGGAGGUUUUGAAAUACUUACUUGUCUCUGAUCCUGGUGAUGACAUGGCUCUUCAAGCAGGACUGUCAGUGUUAGAAGAAAACAAUCCAAAUUUGUUCAUAAAAGCUGACUGACUUUUUAGUGUGUAUUUUAGUUAAUAUAUGUUGUAAAUAAAGAAUGGUACAUUGUUUGUAAAUAAACUGGUAUUGUUUGCAAAAAAUAACGAAAUAUCUUUAAUAUAUAAAUAUUCCUUGGAUAAUACAUUACAAUGUGCUCGAGAGGACAGAAAUAUUAAUAAAAAACACCAUUGUUUUUAAGGAUUUUUUUAUGUUUUAACAUAAGUUCGUACAAUGAUCCAAUAUGCUCCAACAAACUGUCCACAAUGCUGAUAAAUUGAAAACGUGCGUACGUUCGUGUUCCGCUUCGAUGUAAUACAAGUGACAGUGAGAAUAACAGUGCCAUUUGUUGGUCCUUCAUAUAAUUUUCGUUCAAAAACAUUCACAUCAUAAAUUUUCACUAUUUUCCAAUCUAAUAUACAUUAAAUCGAUAAUUAUUAAACCUAAAUAAAACAUCUAAACAAGAUAUUUACAUUUACGCCAUUCCGACUAAACAACUAAGACUAAUGCCUUGUGUAGAAAUAAAUAACGAAUAUGAAAUGCUUCAUUUAAAAUAUCCCUUUUCAAAUAACUACUAACAUUUCUUAAAAUAUACUUUAAAUUGUUACAUGCUUCAAAAUUAAUUCAG